AUGGGAGCAGCAAUAAGCAAAGCGCUUGCUAAACUAUUCGGAAACAAGGAAAUGAGGAUACUCAUGUUGGGACUCGACUGUGCUGGAAAGACAACCAUUCUCUACAAACUCAAACUCAACCAGCCAAUUACGACAAUUCCGACCGUUGGGUUCAACGUUGAGAGUGUCACUUACAAGAAUGUCAAGUUUAAUGUUUGGGAUGUCGGAGGACAAGACAAGAUCAGACCAUUGUGGAGACACUACUUUACUGGAACUCAAGGAUUGAUCUUUGUCGUGGACUCGAAUGACCGUGAUCGAAUUGAGGAAGCUCGUCAAGAAUUACAUCGUAUUGUCCAAGAUCGUGAAAUGAAGGAUGCUUGUGUCUUGGUCUUUGCCAACAAACAAGAUCUAUCUGGAGCCAUGUCACCACAAGAUAUCACCGAAAAACUCAACUUGCAUCGAUUACGUGACAGACCUUGGUAUGUUCACCCAUCAUGCGGAACUUCUGGAGAGGGAUUGAUGGAAGGCUUGCAGUGGUUAUCACAAAAUUGCGGGGCUCCCAAGAACGGAAGCAGUCCUGCAAAAGAAUGA